CGAAGUUCGAAGUAAACGGUGAUCGUUUCAAGAACAACCUGGCGGCUCCAUUCGAUCGAAACAACAUCGACCGGUCCGGUUGACGACACCUCCAGCAAUCCCAUUCUCGGCAUGGCAGACGAACAACUGGACAAUGUCGUGGCGGAGACUCGGCCGCGCGCAGGGACCACCAGCGUGCCCAUGAUGCGGUCCCUGACACCUGGCACCGAGUCGGCCUUGCCCAUCUACAAGUUUGUGCUCACAGGCGGUCCUUGCGCAGGGAAGACCACGUCGCUCGAUCGCCUCUCGUCAUACUUUCGGGAGCGUGGCUUCCGCGUGUACAUGGUACCCGAGGCGUCGACGUUGCUACAGACCGGUGGCGCGUACGUCAUGGACUUGAAGGCCACCGACGUGUUGAACUUUCAGUGGCAGAUCCUAUCGACGCAGAUUGCGCUGGAAGACGCGUUUAUGUCAUUGGCCAAAGACACCAACUGCCCGUGCGUGAUCCUGUGUGACCGUGGCGCGAUGGAUGGCUCAGCGUACAUGUCACCCGACCAGUGGGAAGAGCUCAAAGUCCUUCACGACCUCGACACUGUGACGUUGCGUGACACCCGGUACAAUGCCGUGUUUCACUUGGUCACGGCCGCCAACGGUGCCGAGUCGUACUACUCGCUUGAAAACAAUAGCACCCGCUCUGAAACGCUGCAGCAAGCCAUCGACGCCGACAACCGGCUGUGCCACGCAUGGGUUGGCCAUCCCAAAUUUUUUGUAUUUGACAACUCGACGGGGUUCGAGUCGAAAAUGCAGCGAUUGAUCAGCACAGCGGCCAAUUUAACCGGGCUGCCGUCGACGGUCAAAACUGCCAAGAAAUACCUCCUCACGUCCUUGCCGCCGUCGUGGCCCAUCCAUGUCGAAGAGUUCGAGGUCGAAAAGGUUUACUUGUCCGUCUUACCCACCACGGACGGUAAACCACAAAUCUUAAGGGACCAAGGAUUAUGACUUUGUGCGAUGCCGUACGCAAUACGGCCUACCUUCGUACGGGAUGACCACUGUCCGUUACUUGGAGGACUCGGACGAACCAGUGCACUUGAAGCGCGUGCUGAGUGCGCGUGAAUAUGGUUAUGCCGUGCGCCAUCGAAAAGAUCACACCCGCCUCGUGAUCAAACAGCGUCGCAUUUGCUUUCUCUGGAACAACCAGUCGUUCAAUAUUCACUGGUACAAGGAACCGGCGAGCAUUGCAAACCAAGGCAUCGUGCAUGUGCAGGCGUCCGACUCGGAAACGCCCGUGUCGAUCCCAGACUUUUUAGACAUUUCCGAAGAACUCUCGAAAAGCCAUCCAUAUUACUCGGCCUACAACAUUGCCCUAGAAUAACGACUACGACGAGUAGUUAGUUGGUCCUAUCAUCAGACCACGUCAUAGUUAACCAUCCACUUAAUUGUAUUAUUCCGAUCAGAUUGCCAUCGC